AACCAUCGCCUCCGUCCUACCUUCCGCUUCCGCCUCCCUUGCUCGAAACCAUCGCGGUACAGUCGCUACUGAAGCUAGCUGGGAAGGCAACGAUGAGAUCACGGCGUUAAAAGAUCUCCGAAACUCCCAUAUCCCCUUGGGAUUUUGAUCGGUGAUGGCGGAAGUUAUUAUUGGCUCUUGGAAAGAAAGUAAGGCUGCUAAGCUUGUCUUUGGCGUGGUUGGGAUCAUGGGCACUCUUCUCGUCUAUGGCGUUUUGCAGGAGAAGAUCAUGAGGGUUCCCUAUGGAGAAGAGAAAGAAUACUUCAGAUUUUCGUUGUUUCUUGUUUUGUGCAAUCGUAUUAUAACUUCAGCAGUUUCGGGAGGUGUCUUACUGAUCAGUGAAAAGACCUUGAUUCCUGCCAGGCAUAAAUAUUGUGCAUUAUCAUUAUCCAACAUACUUACAACAACCUGUCAAUACGAGGCACUAAAGUAUGUUAGUUUUCCUGUUCAGACACUUGCUAAAAGUGCAAAAAUGAUACCUGUAAUGGUUUGGAGCACAAUCAUUAUGCGGAAGAAAUAUAAUGGAAAGGACUAUUUCUUUGCUUUCCUUGUAACCUUGGGUUGCUUUGUAUUCAUUUUAUAUCCGGUAUCAGAUGCUAUCAACACACAUCAAGCAGGAAAAGAAAAUACUCUGUGGGGCAUUUUCCUUAUGAUUGGUUAUCUUGGGUUUGAUGGCUUUACCAGCACGUUUCAAGAUAAACUCUUCAAGGGUUAUGACAUGGAAAUACAUAACCAAAUAUUCUACACUACAUUAUGCUCUACUUUUCUUAGUUUUUGUGGACUUGUAGUACAGGGUCAUCUACUCAUGGCAAUAGAUUUUAUGCUUCGUCAUCAAGACUGCAUCUUUGAUGUUUUGUUGCUAUCCACGGUAGCAACUGCUAGCCAAUUCUUCAUUUCCUAUACUAUUCGAACAUUUGGGGCUCUCACAUUUGCUACCAUAAUGACCACAAGACAGUUGGUGAGCAUUUUGCUAUCUUGUUUCUGGUUCUCUCAUCCCCUUAGUUUGGUGCAGUGGUCUGGAGCUGUUAUUGUUUUUGGAAGUCUCUACUUCAAAAGUUUCCUGAGAAGCAAUCCACAUACUCAGUUGCCUUCAAUUCAAACAAAUGACGAAGAUAAGACUCCAAGAAACAGUAAUUCUUGAGACCACAAUAUGAUCUAACUUUUAACACAAAAAUUCUUUGUUAUUUAAAAAAAAACUACAAUGAGAGAAUUUACAAAUCUUAACGUUAAUGCAACCUGGAAAUCCUCGAUGCUUACAGACUAUGGUUGAGAGAGGGAAAAAUAGCUUCUGUAGUCUUCUAGGAAAAGAUUUUUUAGCUCUUCCCCUCCCUAAAUUUGUGUAUUACUCUUUUAGUUGUUUUAAUAAAAGUAACUCAAGCAUUAAGUGAUUUUUAUAGAUCAGCAAUGCUUCAAUUUAAGGAAUU